UCUAGUCACCUGAUCUCCUCUUUUCAACAUUGCUACAGACUCUAAAAUUGACCCAAAAAUGUCUUGCAUUUGCCAAUAUUAUGCGCCUGGCUUAGACAGCAACAUGGAUCAAGUGGCCUUUCCUUUGGCAACUGAUGAGGAAACCCCAUCCGAGAACAUUAUACAAGAUGCGGAAAAGGAAUCUUCGGAGAUGACAGUGUCGGCCUCAGACCUAGCCGACUGUCGUGCAGAGAAUUGGCUCCUCAAGAAGAAGCUGAUGGACUAUGAGGUCACAAUUGAGAAUCUAGAACAGCUGGUGAAUAUAAUAGUGGACAAGCAGCAUCGAAUCUUGAGCGAAAUGUUCCAACUGAGCAAGGAAAACCGAGAGCUGCAGACUGAGUGUCAUCUCCAGCGCGAAUACCACUCAAUGGAAAGAAAUGCGUUGAUGAAACAGCUACAUGAUGUUCAGACUCUGUCCAGAAAUCGAAGCAUGGAAUUGGGGAGUGGGUCAAUCGAGAAACAUACUAACGACAGACCUGAGGGCCUCGUCGAAGCUGAAAUAGACACUUGUAUUGGAGAAGAAUCAAGUGGCACAGAGGAAGAAUUCUCCACGGAGGAGAUGGUGGAUCAGGAUGAAACUGAUGAUGAGCAUGAGACUGCCAUUGAGUACGAUAGCUACGAAGAUCAGGACUCAGAUGCUGACGACGAAGACUACGAUGCUCUUUCGGCAACCUCAUCCCCUAAAACCUCAGCUCCAACUUCACGGAGCAGCUCACCCUCGUCAACCGGCUCAGAAUCGGGUGACUCGGAUGCAGAGGCGGCUAAAUGUCUGGACUAUGAAAAUGAACAGUCCAAUAGCGAUAGCGAUACUGAUUGAUAAAACGUUCUUAUAUAUUUUCAACCAUAAUUUGAGAGAAAAAACAAAAACUUUAAA